ACAGCUAGUCAAGGCUGAAAGUGCUCAAAAGGGUGUUAAAGUGGAAAUUUUUCGAUGGGAAGAAUUUGAAAAGCUGGUGCAAAGGCAGACCCUGAAAGAUCCUCUGACAGACAAAGAUGACCUUUUCAAACAAGAUGCAGUUUUCUUUCCCUGCAAUGAUACUGAGGGUGAACAUUGGUUCCUUGGAGUGAUGUUUCCUCAGGAAAUGUGUAUCAUAGUGCUCGACAGCUUGCCAGGUCAGUUUGUUAAGCCAACUGUCUUAAAGCGAGUGGAAAUGAUGGUGUCACUUCUUUUGAAAGCUGACCGGUCGACUGAUGUCAGCCAGUGGUCUUUCUAUUCAAACAAGCCUGGUGAGAUUCCAGAACAGAAUAAUACCUAUGACUGUGGAAUUUUCAGUUGCCUAUAUGCAAGAUGUGUGGCUACAAGAUCUGUGAUGAUCCCUAAAACUGAGGUUCUGGCAUACAGGCAACUGAUGAUCCAAGAGUUGCACCAGAAAAGCCUUUGCCCAAUUCCACCACCAACUAUUCAACCAGGGGAAUACUAUGCAGUUGAUUACGUCAAAACCUAUUAUUUUGGGAGAGUAAUGAAGAAAAGUGGCAGUUUUGUAGAAUUCAAGUUCCUGCACAGAAAUAGUGCCAGUACUUUCCAUUGGCCUAGACGAGAUGACGUGGACACAGUCCACUUUUCAAACAUUUUUUCUGAUCCAGUAACUGUUCCCCAAUUUAUCAGUGGGCCUUUUGAAAUUCCGGAGCUGCCUUUGGUGGUGGAAUUGGGCAAAGGCUUUUCUGGUGCAACUCUUGGAUCAUCAGUUGCCUGUAUGCCAGAACCUCAGUUUUAG